AUGGCCGAAGAAACAUCCCCCCCCCGGAAGCAGAAUCAUCAACCAGACGAGCCAUAUCUUCCAAUGGAACAAAUCCUCUUCCCACCACGAACAACAUACAAACACCAGAACCAGCUCACACAACACCUUCCCAACCCCAAAUACCACCCAGAAACGCGCGCCAUAGAAGCCAGCAACCCAUCACUCCACCUCCUCGCUUCCCAUUCAUCCUUCAACUCCGAAAAAUCACACCACAACUCCGAGGUCCGCUCCGAAAGAUCACCGAUUCCGUCGUCUCGGCCACUGAGCACUACCUUUGAGGCCCAGAGACACGAGGGGAAGAGGGGACUUAGUAUCACGAGCAAGACCAAGAUCUUCGAGCCGGGGUUGGUGAGUGGUGAAGAAUCGCGAGGAACGACGUUGAGAGGGAGCUGGGGAAGUGGUUCGCUUGCGGGUGGUCCUGAGAAGAAGCUCGAAGCUGGGAAUGGAGGUAUUCCUGAGGGGAAUCCCAGUGAUUCUCCCAGCGCUAGCCUAGAGAUGGCCGCAGAGGAGGAACUCUCAGGUGGGGAGAAGGAUGAAGAUGAUAUCGCGUAUCCCAAGCCAUUGGCGCUAAGUUUCCUUAUCAUAGGAAUAGCGCUGAGCGUAUUCCUUAUAUCUCUUGAUCGGACUAUCAUCACAACCGCGAUUCCUUACAUCACCAACGAGUUCAAGUCCUACGAUGACAUAGGCUGGUACGGAUCCGCGUACCUACUCACAGCCUCCGCCUUUCAACCGCUCUAUGGCCGCAUCUUCAUGAUGUUUAACAUGAAAUGGUCAUACUUAACGGCGCUCGGAUUGUUCGAGCUGGGGAGCCUCAUUUGUGGCGUCGCUCCCAGUUCCGUGACAUUGAUCAUUGGAAGAGCUAUUGCCGGGCUGGGCAGUGCGGGUAUAUUGACGGGAAGUUUUGUCGUCGUCGCGAAUGCAGUGCCGUUGGCAAGAAGACCUUUGUUGACUGCUGUGGUAGGGCUGAUGUUUGGUGUGGGAGCAACGGCGGGCCCGCUGCUUGGAGGUGUCUUCACUGAUUUAGUCACAUGGAGAUGGUGUUUUUACAUCAAUCUCCCAGUUGGUGGUACCACAGUCGCAGCAAUGGUCUUAUUUUUCCACCCUCCAAGGAAACACGCCUUGAUGGGAAAAUCUUUCUUCUACCGUGUCCUCGAGCUUGAUCUCAUUGGUAAUGCGAUUCUCCUUGGCGCAUCCAUCAUGCUGUUCCUCGCCUUCCAAUUCACGGAACAGCAAAUGCCCUGGGGCAGUGCGCAAGUAGUUGGGUUAUUGACAGGCAGCGGAGUAACGUUUAUACUCUUCUGUAUCUGGCAAUGGUGGAAAGCAGAUGGUGCGCUUAUGCCACCCAGAAUCCUCAGACAGAGAAGUGUAGCAGCAGCCUGUGCUAUGUCCUUCUGCAUAUAUUCUGCGAUUCUGAUCCACACAUACUAUCUCCCCAUGUGGUUUCAAGCCAUAAGGGGGGAUUCUGCCAUUGAAGCAGGUGUGGAUAUGAUUCCGUAUGUUGCAGCCAACGCUAUUUUCUCUCUUAUAGCAGGAAUCUUCGUCUCCAAGAACGGGUAUUUCACUUCCCCAGCUAUUCUUGGAUGUGCGAUCGGGACAGUGGGGUGCGGCUUGCUGAGUACUAUUGAUGUGAGGACUUCCACUUCCAAAUGGAUCGGAUAUGAGAUAGUUGCCUCAGUAGGGAUAGGCAUGGCAAUCCAGCAAGGUUUUACAGCUAUUCAGAUUGUACUCCCCUUGAACGAAGUAGCGAUCGGAACCGCAGCCGUAGUUGCAUUCCAGUCAUUGGGAGGAGCAAUCUUCGUAUCUGUAGGGAAUACAAUUUUGCAGAACUCGCUCCUGAGUGCGGGGCGCAGUAAUAUGUUGCCGGGAGUGGAUGUGCAAGCGGUUAUCAACGCUGGUGCUUCCGAAUUUCGGAAGAAAGUGACGGCUGAACAGCUGCCUGCGCUACUUGAGGUCUAUAACAAGGCACUGCAGAAGGUUUUUAUUGCUGCGAUUCCCAUGGCAGGGUUAGCGAUGAUAAGUGCCCUUUUCUUUGAGUGGCGGAGUGUGGACGAUAAGAAGAAGAGGGGAGACGAAGAGGCGUUGAGACUGAGAGAGAAGAGAAACAAGACUGAUAAUAUGAUAUUAGAAGCCACUCGGGAGCUUCCAAGUCGUGAUGGAGUUGCUGCGAAUCCCCUUGAGAUCCAAAAUCCGAAGGAAAGAUAA